CACAUCACUUACAGAAUAAUGAAGUGCACUACCAUGCCAUUCUUAGUUGUGUUAUUUAUCAUAAUUCCUGGAUUCAAAUGUCAAAGUCACACUACCGUACAAAAUCUUUAUUCACAUGUGUUAACAAACUACACCAAAAGGAUAAUGCCAUUAGCUGACCACUCUCAACAGCUUUAUGUUGGGGUCGAUUUUUUCUUAAAUUCUUUCAUAUCCAUGAGCGAAGUUGACGAAACUAUUUCCAUCAUGGGAACUAUGUUUCUUAAUUGGACUGAUCCAGCGCUCCAGUGGGAUGUUUUGUCUUUCGAUAACUUGUAUGUUAUAACCAUAGACCCAUCUGAUAUCUGGACACCUCUUAUGUUUCUUGCAAAUGCAAUAGAUGAAAUGGAACCCAUUGGAAACGGAGUUAUGUUUUACUCAACUCUAUUGUAUACCGGACAGGUUUACACAAGCCCAGGAGGAAUAAUGAAUGCAAAGUGUCCUACUAAUGUUGCCAAAUUUCCUUUCGACACGCAGGAAUGUAAUUUGGUGUUUUUUAACUGGGGAUUAUCAACAUCCAAGAUAAAAUAUUCUUCUUCGUUUGACCAAGCAAGGUUAGACUGGUAUACACCAAAUUCGGACUGGACCCUUUUGGAAUGUUCAACAUUUGUUGAGACCAAGAACAAUUUCAGCACGUUCAACGUGAAAAUAAGGAUAAAGCGUCAGUUUUUGUAUUAUGCCGUGAUGAUGAUUUUACCAACUCUGUUGUUUGCUCUCUUGAAUCCCUUGGUCUUCGUUAUUCCAGUAGAAUCAGGUGAACGUGUAUCUCUAGCCAUGACAAUAUUACUUUCCUAUGCCAUAUUCUUAACUUUGGUGUCCGCCGCUAUUCCAACAUCUUCCAAUCCGAUGUGCGUACUUUUAGCCGUCAUGAUAACAAUAAUUUCACUUAGUGGUCUAAUGGUGGUAAGUGUCAUAGUUAUUUCUAAAUAUUAUUUUGAAGAAAACGCAGUGGAAAUAAACUAUCCAUUAAAAAGAUUGGCAAACUGGGGUAUGAAGAAGAAACGUAAUGUUGUUUUACCAAUGGAAGAUCACAAGAAAGAUAUAGGUGAUAUAGAUUAUAACAUAACAGGGAAGGAUGUGGCAAACGCUUUAGAUUGUGUUUGUCUGUGUGUAUUCUAUAUCGCUAUUGUGGUUUGUUUGAUUGCAUAUUUUCUCUAUGUGUCAAUUUAAACUUUGAAUCAUUCUGUUCGAGAUAAAUGUAAAUGAAAAUACAGCACUUCAAAUGAAUAUGAUAUAACAGAAUAUAUAACGGUUGUUGGUGACACAGAUACUCGUUAACCUCCUUUACAAACUGCUGAUUUCAUCAUUCGAUAUUCAAUUCUCUUCCAUGGUCACCGUCAAUAUUUCGUUCUGUUUGGGCAUGGGAUGAUAUUAAUCAAUGCUGGCAAAAGAACACUUGAAUAUAAUAUACCUAGUCUUUACGUAUAACAUUAUAGUAAGAUACUGGAGAUGAAUAUUUACUGAUUUUGCCUGCUUUAAAUACGGAUCGACUUUUUAAUUCAUCUUUAAUAAAACAACAAUUCACCAGCGUAAAUUAACAGUCGAAUUCAUACCAAAGAUGUGCACAUAGAGAUCUCACUAUACAAAUCCUUGUACAUACAAAAUAACAGCGGACAAACAUUGUGUACGCUUUAUCCUAACAUUUUUACUGCAGGUUAUGACA